CGAAGGCCUUGGCUGAUCUGCCCGUCUACACGUGACGUGGAUUGGUGGAUCUGGUGCAGGGCGGACAAUACUUCACCGAGUGCAUGUGAUGACGAACAACGACGACCGCGCUGAGCGCGUGCGGUUGAGGAGCGGAGCAGCAGAGUGCACUGGACACAGUGGCCAAGGUAGCCCUGUCAACCCAUCAGCAGAUCUGUUAGUGCUCAACCAACUUGUGUGUAUCUUCCAUCCAUCCCGGCAGGCACCUCCCUCCCUCCCUCUCUGAUGUCCGGCAUGCAGUGCUACAAAACCAAAAUCUGUCGAUUCUUUGUGUAAGCAACACACACAGCACAGACACACGGGCCAGGGAGGAAACACACCCUGAUUUGAUUGAUAUGAUCCGGGAUCUCCUGCUUCAUGACGAUGUGUGGCUGUGCGGCUGUAUGCAGCGAGAGCCGAUGUCAGCGGGGGUCUGACUGCACAUUUGCCCACUCCUUGGAGGAGCUCAGGGCCAAACCUGACCUCAGAAAGGUGCGACGUAGAGAGAGAAGGAACCCACGCACACCGCACGCGAGAGAUGGAAGUGGAGGAUCGACGCGUGGGCACGUUGUGUGUGUGCGUGUGUGUGUGUGCGUGUGUGUGUGUGCGUGUGUGUGCGUGUGUGUGUGUGUGUGUGUGCGUGUGUGUGCAGACGAGGAUUUGCAAGCGGUGGCUCAAGGGAUGCUGCAGCGACACAUACUGCGACUUCGCCCACGGUAGGUCGGUAGGUCAGACGGUCGGUGCACACCAGCAUGACGGCUCGAUACGAUAGACACACACACCUUCUUGCGUCGUGUGGGUCGGUCAGGGACUGUGGAGUUGCGUCCGCCCGUAUCGGUUUACAAGACGAGCUUGUGCUUCAUGUGGCAGAAGGGCCGGUGCAGCUAUGAGGCGGACGAGUGCCGGUACGCACACGGCAUUCACGAGCUGCGGACACUUCCCCUUAAGUACGCCAACCUCACUUAAACCAGACAGGCAUAGCACUCUCAGCACACACACACAAUGCAACUUGUGAACGUCUCUCUGUGUAGGUUGAAUGGCCAAGGCGGCGCAACUGGCGCUGCGGCAGAGUGCAUCGACACCCCGGAGUGCCAGCCCUACACCCUUGUGGACCAGCCCGAGUGACCAUACCCAGCCACACACUUUGUCCCUCCCGCAAACAGACAGACACGAAAUCCUCCCUCUGUGUGCGUGUCGGUGGAUGUGUGUGUCAGGUGGUUGGCAUCGGGCGACGACACCACUCCCAUCUCGUCAACAGCGGAGAGCACACCAGCAGCCGCUCUAGCCAACGGGCAGAGCCACACGCCAUCUGUGUCGAGCGUCGUCGACGACGGCCGCUGGGUGCCGCCCCCGCCGACCCUGCUGCCACCACCACCAACAAUUCCACCCCCACCCCCGCCCGCGCCCAGCUGUCCACCGGCACAGGGGGACUAUGGCGACUACUGGCAGGGGGCAUAUGAGACCAAUCAGCAGCAGACCAUGGACACGUAAGCAAGCCGCCAGGAUACUCACCGACAGACAGACAUACAGAUGGUUCCAUGUCGGUCGGCUGGUCGACUGUUCGUUCGUUAGGUGGUAUCGGUACGCAUCGGGUGUUGGCCAGUAUGGAGGCUCCGUGCCGUCCUACCCGACGCAACUCGAUACCCAAUACUCGUGAGUCGUCCGUCGACAGCCAGCCAUCUGGCCAGACAGGCAUGGGAGGGAGCAUUAGGCUGUCACGUGGGUGUGUGUGUGCCGCCUGGCUGGCUGCAGUUCGUUUCCCUGUUACCCAAUCUCGGGCGGCUUUGGCACUCAUUGCGCCUGGCAUGGCAACGGGUGGGUAUGCUGGCGGGGCGGGCAGGCACACACACAGGAGACGCACUCAUCAACACACCUGGUUAUUUGGUUCGUUGACACAUGCUGCCAACAGGUGCGAAAUGGGCAGCUGCCCCUCAUACUCAUACGACGAGACCAUGCAGGCCCAAAACCAUCACCACCACAACCAGCACCAGGCAGGGUACGCAACGCCCUCCCAGCCCUCCACACAGACAGACAGACAGACAGACAGACAGAUGGACCCAUGUGUGUGCCUGCCUGCCUGCCUGCCUGUGUGUGCGUGUUGUGUUCGUUAGGUACACCGGCUACGUGGAAGACGGCCAGUGGAGCGAGUGAGGAUUUUGUGACGGGCCAGUGAUUUAGUCAGCGAGAGAUGGAUGGACGAGAGGGACGUGUAGGCUGCAAACAGGGAGGGGCGAAUGGCCG